AAGGGCAACCUAUGCCUUUUGGCCCCCAUUCUCAUUCCGUUGUUGCUAACAAAACUGCGCAAAGACUUUCUCAACAAAACCAAUACUAGACGGUUAUCUAAGUCUACUCCUCUUCCAACCAUCCCCUAUUCUUAUUAUAUCAAUCAAUAAAAUUUCACUUCUUCUUCUCCUUCUUCCCUUUAAUUUCUCUCUCUCUCUCUCUCUCUCUCUCUCUCUCUCUCUCGCUCCUUCCUUUAACAAUUAACUAGAGACGACCCAAUUGCCUUCCAGAUCUUUUUCCAGGGAAAAGUUUUGAUUUUUGGAUCGUUUUUGUGAUAAGAGUUAGAUGUUGACUGAUAGACGGAAAGGUUGAGGUGGGGCUGGAUUAUAUGGACAGUCUUUGUUGCUUCAGCUCUGUCAGCCAGGUGGUUGGAGGACGAUCUUCUUCUAACUCUGGCAAGGGCAAGAGCAGUCAGUCCUCAGUCAAAUAUGGCUAUAGCCUAGUCAAAGGGAAAGCAAACCAUCCCAUGGAGGACUACCAUGUGGCAAAAUUUGUCCAGUUCAAUGGGCGAGAGCUUGGCCUUUUUGCUAUAUAUGACGGACACCUGGGAGACAGUGUACCGGCCUAUUUACAGAAGCAUCUGUUUCCUAAUAUCUUGAAGGAAGAGGACUUCUGGAAUGAUCCAUUCAUGUCCAUUUCUAAUGCCUAUGUAACAACAGAUCAGGAAAUUCUUUCUCAUAGUCCAGAUUUGGGACGAGGAGGAUCAACUGCAGUGACUGCAAUUCUCAUAAAUAAUCAAAAACUAUGGGUAGCCAAUGUAGGGGAUUCACGAGCUGUUGUGUCAAGGGGAGGGGAGGCUGCACAGAUGACAACUGAUCAUGAGCCCAAUACUGAGAGGGGCAGCAUUGAGACAAGAGGUGGCUUUGUCUCAAACAUGCCAGGUGAUGUUGCAAGAGUGAAUGGGCAGCUAGCAGUUUCUCGAGCCUUCGGAGACAAAAACCUCAAAACACACUUGCGAUCUGAUCCUGACAUUCAGUACGCUGAUAUCACCCCAGAUGUUGAACUUUUGAUACUUGCUAGUGAUGGUCUAUGGAAGGUAAUGGGAAAUCAAGAAGCUGUUGAUAUUGCAAGAAGAAUAAAGGAUCCACAAAAAGCAGCGAAACAACUAGCCACUGAGGCAUUGAACAGAGACAGUAAGGAUGAUAUUUCCUGCAUUGUAGUUCGUUUCAAGGGUUGAAAAAUGGAACAUACACACUCUCUAAAAUCAGGGUAUAUAUUUUUAUAUAUAUAUUAUUCUACAAAUCAACAUGCAAUUCCAUACCCAUGAAAAUCCAUUAUUAAUUUGGAAUAGGUUUUGCCCCUUCCCUUCAUAUGUAAAAAUAUAAAAUUUACAUUCUCGAAUUUAGGUCGUGGCGUUUAGUAUUUCUUGAUUUCUUCGUUGUGUAGAUUCACACCAUGAUUUUCUUUUAAUAUGCAUUAUUAUUAUUAUUAUUA